CCGCGCGUUUAUUUCGAAGCGGCCACGCCGUCUACCGGCACGCUGACGUCACCGGAGGCUGCGCGCGGUAUAAUAUACGAGAUGCGCACAGGUGAAUCCUCAAUCCUUUCUGUGACUCGCGUGAGACGUGAACCGACCAUGCUACGAUUUGUGACACUUAGUGCGGUUGCGGUGGCGCUGUCAUUCGCAGCUCCCAACCCAAACUACAACGUGUUUGAGAUCGACAUCUCGCCCGAAGAGGCGGCGAAGUUCCUGAAAAGCCCGCCGUUCACAACGCCCCAGCUUUCUGGACGCACCGGCGUUCUUCCUCUGGUGAGAUCGAACGAUCCGAGAUUCCGCACGGCGGAGGCUGGCCCUACUCUCGGCCACUACUGGAAAAAUGGCCGUGAGAUUGAGAAUACCGAUGACUAUGUUGAAGAGGUGUACGAUGCGUCUCAAUAUCACGGACAAGACGGUCUCGGCGGCUACGCCUAUGGCUACCAGACCCCUGAGUCUUCUAAAGUGGAGAACCGCGACAGGUCCGGUGACGUCACUGGUGCCUACACCUACAAGGAUGGCAACAAUGAACUCAUCAAGGUCCGCUACUGGGCUGACAACCAAGGCUUCCACCAAGAAGAUAACUUGCCGAAGGUACAGCUGAAUCCUGUGCAGGAGGCCCCUGAUGUCCGCCAGGCUCGUCUGGCUCACGAGAGGGCCUGGCAGCAGGCCGCCGCUGCUGCCGCCCAGAACCCUGAUCCUCAGGGCGCCUACAACAACAACUACGACUACGACUACAACCAAGCUGCAUCCGAGCAGCAACAAAACGUAGUCGCCCCCCCCGCAGACGGCCCCGCCCGCGAAGGCAAGGCUUUCGGGCCGAACAGUUUCCAGACCAACCAGGACAGGCAGCACCAACAAUACCAACAGCAGCCGCAGAAAUAUGACCAGCAGCAACAGUAUGGGCAGCAGCAACAAUAUCAACAGCAGCCGCAGAAAUAUGGCCAGCAGCAACAGUAUGGGCAGCAGCAGCAGUAUGGUCAACAGCGAUAUGAGCCUGAGCCUACUGGCCCGCCACGUGGUUUCUUCUACAGUUUCAACUACCCAGUGUCCGUCAUUGUGCCUAAGAGCGGCCAGCAGCCCGGCGCCUUCAACUCUGGACAGCCGUUGGACCAUGAUACCUUUGGCGUCAGUUCCCAUUCCUACCAGGGCUAAACUUUAGCUUAGUCUGUACCCUUUACCCGCUGCUAUUAAAGGAUGGGUCCGAAAAACGGUCCCUGAGGUAAAGUGUUUUCUAGCAGUGGAUAAAGGUGAUAUAUAUGUUUUUAAGUAAUUAAUACAGGAAAUUAUACGUAUUAUUUUCAAUGCAAAAUCGUACAUUGAGAAGUUACAUUUCAAUAAAUAUAUAAUACGUAAGUAAUGUCUAUAAUUAGUCUGUGAUACUUGAAUAUUUUGUCACAUGAACAAGUUCUGUCUGUUUAAGCUGUCUUUGACAAUGUUUUAAACUCAGUGUUUCACUUAGAAAAUCUAACGAUGCUUUAGCUUUUCUGGUAUUGGAAUGAUUUUGGAUUGAUGUGCCUUACGUGAACGGAUUAUAAUCAGUCGAUUUGUAAACAUGUGCGUUGUCCAGGUGCGUACGAUAUAAAUCGGUUGUCGUUGCCAUUUUACGAUUUAGGUUAAUUUAGAAAUUAGUAUGAUAAUAGUCGGCGUUUGAAAGUGUAACUAUGUGCGAUAUAAUGUUUUAUAUUCAAGUAUGUUUAGAUUUUGUUUGAAAAUAUCUUAUUGACAACUGAAAGCAAGCCUCACUAGACACUCAGUAAAUGUGAGCAAAUCGAAUCUAGGUCCUGCUUAGUGAAGUAUACAAUAAGUCAAAUUAAGGGAAAAGUUUUAUUUUUUAUAAGACCGAACGUUACACUCUUGAACCCGAGCUAGUUUAAGAUUUUAUCUAUUACCAUGUAAUCAGUAAUUUCCAUACAAAAUUAAAACAAAAUGUACGUUGAAAUGUCCAACUAUCAAAUAUAGUACUUACAUUUAUUAAUAAAGUUUUAUUAUGCUAGGA